CGUCCACAACUGCAUCGAACAUGCUAACUUUGGGAUCACCUAUAAAUAUACCAAAGCGCAAGUGGCAAGGCGGCAACAUAUCACUCCCAUUGCAAGGCUUGAUUCGACCAGAUAGUGCCGGCGCACCUUGGGCUCAAACUGCGCCAGCAAAGAAGCAGAAGACCGAGAGAGAGACAACAAGUCAGCACAUCUAUGCGCCUCCGCCUGCGACUUUGCAUCAGAGCCAGUCCUUUCCCCAUAACACAUUGAUUGUAGACCCGAGGUCGCUGCAGCUCCAAAACCAGUAUCUUCCUCAUAACCCAUCGGCUAUCGACCCAAGAUCGCUGCAGCUCCAGAACCAGUAUCUUCCUCAUAACCCAUCGAUGGUGAAUCCAAGACCGCCGCAGGUCCAGAACCAGAACCAGAACCAGUAUCCUUCUCAGAACCCAUCGAGUUUGCAACCAAGACCGCCGCGGCUCCAGAACGUGGCCUCGCUGAAUCCAAUGACGGUGCUCCAGGGAACCUUCAUAGCCGCUCUUAAUAGCAAGCCGGACCUCCUGCCAUCGAAUCCUACCCAGGAUCCUGUUCGCUCAUCGCGUAUCGACCGCAUAGCUCAUAUCAUGUGGCAGCUCGUUUUCAAACAGGAUGAGCUGAUGAAAGACAUCACAGCAAAAGCUUCCAUGUUCGCACAGAUCAAGCUGCGAGCGUUAGCAAAGCUGAACUAUCUGCCCAGCUGGUGGCUUCUCCGCGAAGCUGCUUGCGACUUCAUGAAACGUCAGAGGUGGGUCGUAAAUGACAGCAACAUGCAGACGCUCUGGAAAGAUACACUUGAGUGGUGCAAGAGGGUGGAAACGAAGCUCGGAAUGCAGAAUGACGGUGCUACAGCAACGAAAGAAGAGACCAGCGAAACGUCGCCAGCUCAGGAGCAACAUGUGAAAGUGGAGACCUAG